AUGGGAGAAAAGAAAAUUUGGAUGAAAGAAGAGCUAACCUGCAAACCGCUAGAUACCUAUGAAGAAAUAUUAAGAUUCUUGCAAGAUCCGCCAGCUUGGAGAACACUUUGUAGAGAGUUAAAACCGCAUAGCAAAAGUGCCAUUAAGAACAUUAACGUCAAUAAAAGCUUCGGUGAAAUACUACUCGAGAGCCCCCAAACGUUCUGUCAUCUCGAACCGGACGCGGAAAAUGUCAAACGGGACGACAGGAAAUUGUUACCAAAGACAAUAGUCUGUCAUGACAUGGCCAACGGAUAUCACGACGAUAGCAUAAUCGAUGGGACUGGCAACUACGACGCCUACACUUUCUACAAUUGGGGUGGAGUCGACACCUUCAUAUACUUCAGCCAUCACUUAAUCACCAUUCCACCACUGGGAUGGAUAAACAUCGGUCAUGCGCAUGGAGUCAAAGUUUUAGGGACCGUGAUCACCGAGUGGGCGGAUGGAGUGUCGUUCUGGGAGCGCGUCCUGCAGUCGGAGGUGGAGUGGCGCAACUUCGCGAGCGCACUCGUCGCCAUCGCAAAGACCCUCAAGUUCGACGGCUGGCUCAUUAACGUGGAAAAUAAGAUAUCGAACCCACGCGCGCUGCUGCAAUUCGUACAGUUGCUUCACGCGACAUUGCACGCCGAGCUGCGCGACCCCGAACUUAUCUGGUACGACAGCGUCACAAUCGAUGGACACCUCAACUGGCAGAACGGACUCAACGAGAAGAACAAGGAUUUCUUCGAAGCAGUAGACGGAUUCUUUACGAAUUACUCAUGGAGAGAGGAAGACAUCGUGACCAGUGUGAAGGAAGCCGGCACACGCUUGACGGAUCUUUACAUUGGCAUCGAUGUUUGGGGUCGUAACUUUUACGGCGGUGGCCAAUUUAAUACCCAGGAGGCGGUUCAAUUGGUCCACGGAUAUGGUUGCUCUUUGGCCAUCUUCGCCCCGGCUUGGACUCACGAGGCCAUACCCGAGGAUCGAGACAAUUCAAGCACUGUGGCGGAAGCCGACGAUCUGGACAAAUACGACCGGUUUCUGCUGCGAGAUAGAGCCUUUUGGGCCAGCAUCUGGCCCUUUUUAAAUACGAAGCUGCCCAGCUGCUUACCAUUCCAGACUUCCUUUUGUAGAGGUCAGGGGAAGAAACGGAGAAUGUACGGAGAGGUCAUAUGUCCGGUGCCGUGGUUUAAUCUGCGGCACAUGCAGUACCAGCCCAACAGCUCGCACGGCCCCCAUGGCUACAUCUUGUCGACAGUCGACAACAUUGCCGGACUCUCCCGCCUCGGUCUGCUCAAGAAUAGAGACGGUAUAUUACGGUGCAGAAAGAGCGUCGAAGACAGUCGGCUCGACGUCGACCGAAAAUCGAGUAGAGAAAUGUUAUUCACAUUAAAAACUGACAGGCACAGAGAUGUACAGGAGACUGUUCGAGAAGAUGUCGAAGAGAGCAAGCGGAGCGAAAGUAAGUCUGUCAAGAGAAAAAUGUCGAGGGUAUUGCGCCACUUCUUCAAGCCCAAGUCGGCCAAAACCGAGCAAGAUAGCCCACAACAGCGAAGGGACGAAGCGGAAUACGACGAGCCGAGUUCGAGCGAUCUCAAGGUGAGAGAUCGCUCUAUGAUGCAGAUGUCUAUCAGUUUGCGCUUGGGCAACGAGCGCUCGAAGACUAAGUACGCGCUCGGCUACGUGCCCGGCGAGCUGGAGUGCCUGGAGCCGUUCUUCGAGGACAGUUUCGUUGGCGGAUCUUGCGUCAAGGUGAACCCUUCGGACGAAGUGUCGCCGGAGCACCGACUGCCGCGGAUGUUUUUCAGCGAUUUUCGCGUCGAGAACAGUCUGAUCGCAUGCACGGUGACUAAGAACUUGGCCGGCCACGAGUACCAGUACCUGAACGUGUCCAUGGAGAUCGAGAGCGGGGAAGGUUCGGGUCGAGUGGUGCUGGUGGGACGGAGCAUACCCCGCGAGGAGACGCUCGAGGAGAGCGGACGCGACUGGUGCCCGGACGAGGUGGUAAACGUUUACCCGAUCACGGAGGGGGCCGAGCUGCGUCGAGUGCAGACCUACUUGCUGCUCAAUGAGCCGGCCUUCUACAUCCCCGUCGAGAACCCUUAUCGGUGGACAGUCAGAUACUACGAGAUCAGAAUGGCGGGUGCGCGGAUUACGGGCGUCGACUGCCGCACAGGACUCGACGUAGGACCGAUUCUAUUGGGUCAUUUCGGUCUUUGCGACAGUUGCAUUGCGGCUGUAUCCGUUUCUGCUGCCCGGCAGCAGUCGAAACGCGGGGAUAGCACUUCUCCCAUCGGGAGUCCGGGCCCGCUUUCGUGCGCCCCGUCGCGCAGUGAAGAGAAAUCGGUGACCGAACCAUGGAUACAUAUCCGAACUCCAGCGGCGUCUCCACGACGCCAAGCAACAUCAACUGUCCAACGACGUCGAAAUAUCCGGAGAAUACGGAUACCUGAGAAUAGCGGAGAAAAUAUAACCCACAUUGUGAUUUCCUUGGCGCAGAAGGUAGGGUUCACAUUAGAGGAGAGAGACAUAGUUAGUGCGGACAGAAUGGGUUCUCGUUUACAGAGAGAAAUCCAACAUAUUAAUGAUAACACCGCGCAACCCUUUCGAUCCCGAACCAUCGUCGUAAAACUCACACGCAAGCAGUUACGGGAGGAUUUCUUGCGCGAAGCUCGGGUACAUCGCGGAGCGGUUACUUCGGGAACUAACGUAGAAGGAGGUGUAAAACGGUUCUACGUCAACGAGCGCUUAACUCGAGUUAAUCGUCAGCUGUUCCAAAUGACGCGUCGUGAAGCGAAGACUAAAAACUGGCGACAUGUGUGGACCCGAGGAGGACGUGUAUACGCACGUCGUGAUCAAAAUUCUACCCUGUGCAAGAUAAGAUCUGAAAGCGAUGUGCGUUUUCUUAAUGUCCGUUCUAUAAAUACUGGAUCAGAUGAACUACUUGCAAGUAUUAAAAAAUACUCUCCCGAUAUCCUUGCGCUAAAUGAAACCUGGACGAAGGAGGGAAUGGAGAGUUUAGCUUCUAAUAUACCUGGAUACAUUUUCAAGCAUUCGCCUAGGCCAAAAAAUGCAAGGGGUGGUGGAGUGGAGUUUUAUAUUCGGAAGGGUCUACGUGUUCGUGUUAUUGCUCAGCUCUCUUCUCCUUUAGAGCAAAUGUGGUUAGAGCUAUCCCUUCCUAAAAUAGGUCGCCUAGCGAUUGGAACCGCCUAUAGACCGGAGUCUGUCAAAAUGGGGAUAGCCAUGGAUGCACUCAGCGAAUGA